UACGUCAAGUCACAACGUCAAAGUCAAAACCAGCUGCAAAAUCCGACAGCGCGGCGGCGGAGGCAGUCUGUCAUUUUCAAGUUUUGGUGCAGUGUUUUAAAUCGAAUUUAUUAUAAAACUUGUAACAAGUGUUGUGAUUAAAGUGAUAAAUAUACACCAUGAGUCAAGCAGUAGCCGAACCGCCAAAGGAGCGGUACAUCCCCAACGGACUCAAGUUCGCCUUCGGUGGCCUUGCAGGUAUGGCUGCCACCUGUGUGGUCCAGCCUUUGGACCUCAUCAAAACCCGGAUGCAGCUGAGCGGAGGCGGCCGCUCCUCCUUCACCGUAGCCGGAGAGAUAGUCGCUAGAGAAGGCUUCGUGGCUCUCUACACUGGUCUUUCCGCUGGUCUGUUGCGACAGGCUACAUACACCACUACUAGGCUGGGAGUGUAUAAUAUACUUUUCGACACAUAUAAAGAACGCAAUGCCGGCGCCGCCCCUGGCUUCGGCAUGAAGACGUUGUUGGGCGUGGCCGCCGGCUCCAUCGGCGCCUUCGUGGGCACCCCGGCCGAGGUGGCGCUCAUCCGUAUGACCGCUGACGGCCGCCUGCCCGCGGACCAGCGAAGGAAUUACAAGAAUGUGGCUGACGCGCUCAUCAGGAUAGUCCGCGAAGAAGGCGUCCUCAAGUUAUGGCGCGGCGCGACGCCCACCGUGGGCCGCGCCAUGGUCGUCAACGCGGCCCAGCUCAGCACAUAUUCACAGGCGCGCGAGAUGUUCGUGGGCUACGUGCCUGACGGCAUCACCCUGCACUUCUGCGCGUCCAUGGUGUCUGGCUUAGUCACCACCAUCGCUUCCAUGCCGGUCGACAUCAUCAAAACUAGAAUCCAAAACGCGGCCAAGGGUCAGAGCCAGCUGUCCGUGGUGUCCGCCCUGCUCAGGUCGGAGGGGGUGCUGUCGCUGUGGAAGGGCUUCCUGCCGUACUACGCGCGGCUCGGGCCGCACACGGUGCUCACCUUCAUCUUCCUCGAGCAGAUGAACGCCGCCUACUUCAAGUACCUCUAGGGUCUAUUUUCAUUAUAAGUUUACAGUAUAAAAAUCGAUUUUGAUGAACUGUUUUGUGAAUGGGAAAGGUAAUUUACGUGGUAUAAGUUUUUAGUUCGAAGGUACUAUUAGGAAA